UUGCCGGUUGCAUUGAUGCAAAUCCAUCCCAUCGCAACAGCAGGAGAAUUUCUUUGGUCCCCGCGACCGCAAUAUAAGAGCGAAGGCUUUUUUCACCUAUUGUAUUGUUUUGAAUACAGUACAAAACGCACUGACACGAGACAGUGGAAAUAUUCGAGAUAAUAGUAAGAUUUACUCUAUGAUCAAAGGUACGUGAAAUAUUAUUAGAAAUGAGCAGUGAUAAAGAAAUUUCUAAAGAUGCACCGCAGGAGAAGAAAGCUAAAGUAGAUGAUGCAAAUUCAUUUGGGGCUGCUUUUAGUAACCUUAAGAAAUCUGAGUUCUUCAAAGAUGAACUUCCAGAAAGUACAAAAGGAGAAUCAUCCAAAAAUAAAAAUACGAAUUUGAAUCCACUUUUGAUAAACCCAAAACAAAGAGGUAAUCCAUUGUUGAAACAUAUCACUAGCGUACCUUAUGAGUAUUCUGAAAUUAUUCCAGACUAUGUUGUGGGUAAAACCUCUUGUAUUUUAUUUCUGUCUCUUCGAUAUCAUCAAUUAAAUCCAGAUUACAUUCAUGAACGUCUAAAGACACUGGGCUCAUCUUACAAUCUUCGAGUAUUAUUAGUUCAGGUUGAUGUAGCUGAACCACAUCAUUCACUGAAGCAUUUGACAAGAAUUUGUAUACUUGCUGAUCUAACACUAAUGCUGGCAUGGAGUGCAGAAGAAGCAGGAAAGAUUAUCGAAACCUACAAAGCAUACGAAAACAAGCCUCCUGAUAUGAUAAUGGAACGUAGUGAUACAGCUCCACAUCAAAAACUAAUAAAUGCACUGACUACUGUCAGAUCUGUAAAUAAAACUGAUGCUAUGACUCUUCUGUCAACAUUUGGAACUUUUAAAGAUAUAAUAGAAGCACCCUCUGCUUCAUUGGCUUUAUGCCCUGGAUUUGGUCCGCAAAAGGCACAACGGCUGAAUAAAACUUUGCAUGAAACAUUUUUACGGCAAAAAAAUACCAAGGAUUAAUUUUGUUUUUAGUUUAUGCGACUUGUGAUUAUAUAAAUUUUGUAAAUUUUUAGUCUUAUUUUUUUAUCGUUACAUAGUCAAAUAUUAAAUUAAUAAAUUUGUUAUUAUUUUUUUUAAUUUUCUAAAAUGUUUGCGAUUACGUAGUUACACGACACAAGUCACAAGACUGUAUUUUUCCGUAACAAUACUCGCGCACGGACAGCUGAUACCGUCAUUUUAAUUUUAUGCGGGAAACCUUAUGCAUUGUUUUCAUAUAAACUGCCGCACUGAUGUGUGAGGAAAGUGUGCCUUAUUAUAGCAGUAUUCUUUAAAAUUAAUUAUUGUUAAAUAAUUGAAUUGACAAAAUGUCAAUGCCCACCAGAAGAUCUACGAGACAUCAGAGUCGAGAAUUAAAUAAGGAAUCCAUUGCAGAAUUAAUGUCUCCAAAAAAGCAAAAGUUGAAUCAAUCUGAUGAUGAAAGUUCUUGCUUUAAACAUGAUGACUUGAAAGAAGUAUUAGAUAAUAUUAUGAUGGAAGCACCAACAGAAUUGACCAAUGAAGAUGAUAUAGAUGGCAGAGAAUUGUACCAUGUGAAAGAUUAUAAUGUGCGAAGUAGUGCAAUGAUGGAAAAGGCUAUUAAAGAGCGAAAGUCUCAAGAUGACCAGAAAAGUUUAUUACUCAAUGAACCACGUGUUUGCCUUACUAAAAUAAAAUCAGAACUGGUUAAUAAAAAUAAUAUCAAAAGCAAAAAAAGCAAUGCUACAGAGCUCACUGUUGGUGAAAUAAUAAAUAAAAAUGUACAAUUAGACUCACCUCCACAAACAUUAAGAAGGGGCAGAUCAAGAAAUGUAGUCAAAGACUAUAUACUAAAAUCAGAUGAAUAUUUUGCUACUCAAUCAGAAAAAUCUGUAACAUCGAAUAAUACUUUGAGUAAAUUAAAGAAAAAGCUUUCUGAUGAAACACGUGUAAAAACUAGUAAUAUUUCAAACCAUCAUGAAAAAUAUAUUCAAGAUAUCACAAAAAAUUUAGAAAGUCAUUAUUCUGAAUGGAUUCACAUAAUGGAAGAAGGUUUUACAAUCUUGCUUUAUGGUCUUGGUUCAAAAAGGUUGUUAAUUAACAAUUUUCAAAAACAAAAGCUAUCUGAUGAACCAGUAUUAGUCAUCAAUGGCUUUUUUCCCAGUUUGACACUAAAAGAGAUUUUAGAUAGCAUUGUAACAGAUUUGUUAGGCAUAGAAUCAGUCAAUAAUACAGGUGAAUGCUUUGAUAUUAUUGAAAAAACAAUGAGAACUCAUCCAAAAGAUGCCAUAUAUUUAUUAAUUCACAAUAUUGAUGGUGGAAUGUUACGCUCUAACAAAGUGCAAGACAUGUUAUCUCGUUUAGCAAACAUAUCAAAUAUUCAUGUAUUAGCUUCAGUAGAUCACAUCAAUGCCCCACUAAUUUGGGAUAACGUGAAAAGGACAAGGUAUAAUUUUUAUUGGAUCAAUGCUACUACCUUUAUGCCAUAUGAAGCUGAAACUUCUUACGAAAGUUCAUUGCUUGUCCAAAAAAGUGGAACAUUGGCCUUACUAUCAUUACAAAACGUAUUUGCGUCUUUAACUAAAAAUGCCAAAGACAUAUACAUCUUACUUGUUAAAUAUCAAUUGACAAACAGUGGCAAAGAUUAUGCUGGAAUGGCAUUUAAAGAUUUAUACAGAGCUUCUAGAGAGGGUUUUCUUGUAUCCUCAGAUCAAGCAUUAAGAUCUCAACUAACUGAAUUCGUCGAUCAUAAGCUUGUCAAAAAUAAAAGAAAUUCUGAUGGAGUUGAGUACCUUGUGAUUCCAUUAGACAAUGCACUGCUGAAACAGUUCCUUGAACAACAAGAUCAAGCAUUAUAAUGAUUGUACAUACUUUAUGAAUUUAACAAAAGAAUCUCAGUAUUAUCUAUUUAUACUAGACAAUUUACGCAGCGCCUGACGUCGUGAAUCAGAUUGUUUGAACUAAGUCUUGAUCUAAUGUGUGUAAACCCUACUGCACUACUCUCUGUUCUUUAUAAAUAGAAUCAAUGUUGUAUUAAUAAUUUGAAAAAAAAGAUCUGCCUAGAAAUGUACAUACAUACACACAUGUCUAUUUUUGUAAGGAUAAAAAGUAAAAGAGCGCGUUUUGUUCAAAA